AUGCAGUUCAUCGAGAGCUACUUCUCCAACAAUCAAGGGUUUCAACUUGACAUUGUCGGUUUCCUUGCCAUCCUUGGAGAAGGCUCCGUCGAAACGAUUGCGCAGGUGGCUACAUUGAGCUAUCUCAUUUACCUCCCUCGUCUGAUCCCGGCACCGCAGAUCUUUAUUCGCCCGUCGCGACCAGAAAAGCUCGAAACCACCGCCAAUGCCAAAGUGAUUGGAGUCCAUUCGGGCAACACCGGGGAAGACAUACAUCAUGUGGCCCAUGCUCUACACCGCGGGGACAAGCUGGCCCCAAACACGGUCAGUUGUGUGCGGGUCAAAGAGAACAACAAGCCUCGUCCGUCUAUCAAGAGGUUCGGUCCGUUGGCAAUGCUAGCAUUUGUCGGGUUUGCCAUGAGCGCUGUGCUUUUGGGUCUCUCCAUUUACUAUGAGGAUGGUAUGUCGUUGUUGGCGACUGUUCUCCUGUCCACCUUGAGUACGGUCACUGGCAUCGCCAACAAGUGGGAGCCGACUCCGAAUGAUCCCAAGCCCGACCCCCAUUCGCCUCCGGGAGAUGUUGUGAUUAAGUAUCCGCAGGGGGCGUUUAUUGUGGUGAGCUGUGAGGAGCGGACGGCCCGGUAUCUUUACUUCAACCCCAGCGAGCGUUGCAUUUACUUUGUCAGAAGCACGGCUAUCUACAGAGGACUGUCCUUGAUCUCAACUCUGCUUUUGAUGGGCGGAGUCAUUUCGCUGGCCAAUGCCAAAAUCGAGACGCAGACUGCCUUUGCUGGGUCUUACAUGUUGAUCAACAUUUGCUACUGGAUUGGCGCCGCCCUGCCUCCUGCUCAACACUGGGACCUCUCACGACUGGAAGUGGAACAUAUCGAAAUCGCUGGAGGCACACCGCCACGCACAGCAAAGAUCGACAACUACUCGCCAACCUAUACCGAAGCUUUGUGGAAGGCCAUUGCCGUCACCGGGACCAGCAACUGGGUCAAGGAAGCCGGUUGGGCUCCGAAGACUCCUGCUUGGGCUGAUUGGCUGAACGAGGCCGAAGAAGCUGCUUUAGGGGAGCCCAGGAUAGUGACCAAGAAAAUGGAGAAUGGAAAGGAAGUGGAAGUGUGGACGAUUCGGAACUGGGAUAGCAGAAACGCCUUGUCGACUCUUCUCCGGACAACAACUGAUCGAUUUAACAAAAAAUGA